GGUCUAUAAAAUCUGAGUGGUUAGGCACCUUUGAUGUUGUAAAUGGUGAGGUGUUUCCUCCUGGCCCACCAGAGGACCAGGGAAACAUACACAUUUCCUCAGGGUGCUGCAAGGAAGUACUUACAAGCCUGGGUGGUGUGGACCAGCAGAAAUGUGCUGUCUCACACUUCUGCAGGCGAGAAGUCCAAGAUCAACCAGUACAUCAGGACUAGCCCCUUCUGAGGGCUCUCCGUGCCUUUCUCCCAGCUUCCACGGGCUUUGCUGGUGAUCUCUGUGGGUUUUGGCUUGUAGAUACAUCACACCCACCUGCCAUUGUGUUCACGUGGCAUUCUCCCAGGAUGCGUGUCUAUGUCCUGAUCUCCCCUUUUCAUAAUACCCAGUUAUACUGGAUUAGGCCCCCCCAACGGCCUCACCUUGACUAAUGACAUCUCCAGAGAAGGUCACAUUCUGAGGUUCUGGGGGUUGGGGUUUCAACAUCUGGGCCCAGGUGCGCUCGCUCUGCGUCUCUCGGUCGCUCUGCUCACCGGAUGGAGCGGGCCCAAGCAGGGUCCGGAGGAGACCAACCCGGAGCCGAGUUCCCGAUGGAGCCCUUGGGGAGCCAGGUCGCGGCACCGGAGCAGCCGCAGGUCCCCGCAGAGGAGCAACAGCUCGAGAGUCCCGAGAGCAGCCCGAGUCUGGCCCGCGCCGCAAAGGAGGCGGCGGGCGCGGGCCAGGACCUCUCCCGCGGGAAGAAGCUGCCCCCGCCUCGCCCGGCGCUCCUGCGGCUCCCGCCCCCCAGCCUGGGCUACGGCGCCUUCCGCCGCCAGGUGUCCGCGGGCUCCGAGCCGCCGUCGCCCGGCCCCGCCUCAGCCGAGCAGUCCCGGGCCGGCGAGGCGCCGGGGGCUGAGCUGGUACCGGGGGAGCCGCCGCAGGGCGCCUGGGCCCCGGUGGAGCUGCAGGUGGACGUGCGCGUGAAGUCCGUGGGCGUGGCGGGCGGCAGCCGCGCGCCCUCGCCGGCGCCGUCCCCGCGCUUCCUCACCGUGCCGGUGCCCGAGUCCCCGGCCUUCUCCCGCCACGCCUUCCCCGUGCACCCGCUGCUGCCGCGGACCCCCGCCCGGCCCGAGCGCGGCCUCGACGCCGAGGGCCGGGCGAGCCCCGCAGACGGGCGCUCGGAGCUCCCGGGCUCCCCCACGUGCCGCGGCCGCUGCCGGGAGCUGGGGCUGGAGAAGGAGGAGGCGGGAGCGCUGCUGCACCGCGCGGAGACGGGCGGCGACGAGAAGCUGCCCCGGGCCAUACAGCUCGUAGGGCUGCCUAUGUACAUGAAGUCCCUGCGCUGGGCGCUGGCGGUCAUGGCCGUGUUCCUGGCCGUGUCCGCAGUCGCCAUCGUGGCUCUGGCGUCUAGAGCAGGGACCAGAUGCCAGCCAUGUCCCCGUGGCUGGAUGUGGUCCGAGGAGAACUGCUACUAUCUCUCUGCCGAAGCUCAGGCUUGGGAGGCCAGCCAGGCCUUCUGCUCAGCUCACCAGGCUACCCUCCCACUGCUGAGCCACACCCAGGACUUCCUGAGCAGAUACCCAGUCCCCAAGUACUCCUGGGUGGGGGCCCGGCGAGGCUCCCAGGGCUGGCACUGGAUCGACGGGGCCCCACUGUCGCCCCAGCUACUCCCGGAGGAAGAGGAAGACCAGCCAGAUCUCAAGUGCGGGGGCCUGGAGGGAGGCAAGCUGGUGGCUUUGGACUGUGCCUCUCCAAGACCGUGGGUCUGCGCCAAGGGGACCAAGUGACUUGGCUUCCACCCAUCCUGAGACUUGGGGGCCUGCAGCCACCCCAGGGGAAGCCAGGUUGCCCGCUGGGGAAGCCUCUUCCCUGGACCCAGACUUCCAGGUCUCCCUGCUCUGUGCUCAACAGGGGCCCUUUCUGAGCC